UUACAGGCUCUACGGCUUCAGCUCUCGUCUCUUUAUCUCCAUUCAGCUGUGAUAAUCCUCACCGCAGCGCCUGCUGUUAUUAGUGGCUUUCAGAAGAUGCGUUACACGCAGGAAGAGCAAUAAUUCCCGCUGUCUUAUUUAGCGUAAAAGUUGUGUAUAGUGCUCGUUCAUGGCGCCGUGGAGCUGUGGGGAGAGUUAGUUAGCCUCGUUAGCCAGUUAUUUAGUUGGGUUUUUUUUUGUGUUAGUUUUCUCCGCCGCCGCAGCCGAGUUGUGCCUCAGUGUCAGUGCGCUCAGGGAAGAUAAACAUGGAUGACGGGCCACGGUGAUGGAUUUGAGGAGUUUAGGCCCUGUCUGACCUGCUGGCUCUUGGUUUUAAAGCAGCAUUCAUGCAUUUGAUCCCCAGGCUCUGGAGACGUGACGUACCCUUGUCUGAGCGGUUUGGCGAGGUCUCAGUAGCCGCAAUGGUUCCCGGAUCUCCAGCUACAGUGUCCCCAGCCGGACCCAACAUCUCGUGGCUCCCUGAGGCUCCACUGCUCACCCCUGAUCAGCCCAUCUUCCUCAUGACCACCACAGCACAGGCUGUGUCUGGCUUCUUUGUGUGGACAGCGUUGUUGUUUACCUGCCACCAGAUCUACAUGCACUUGCGUUACUACAGUUCUCCAAAUGAGCAGAGACACAUAGUGCGCAUCCUCUUCAUCGUUCCCAUUUAUGCAUUUGACUCAUGGCUCAGCCUUCUCUUCUUCACCAACGAUCAGUACUACGUCUAUUUUGACACAGUCAGAGACUGCUACGAAGCAUUUGUGAUCUACAACUUUCUGAGCCUUUGUUACGAGUACCUGGGCGGUGAGAGUGCCAUCAUGUCUGAGAUCAGAGGGAAGCCCAUUGAGUCCAGCUGUGUCUAUGGGACUUGCUGCCUUUGGGGCAAAACCUAUUCUAUUGGCUUCCUCAGAUUCUGUAAGCAGGCCACACUUCAGUUCUGUGUCGUUAAGCCCCUGAUGGCGGUGGUGACCGUCAUCCUGCAAGCUUUUGGAAAAUAUCGUGAUGGAGACUUCAAUGUGGCCAGCGGAUAUCUGUACGUGACCAUCAUCUACAACGUCUCAGUCAGCCUCUCCCUGUACGCUCUCUUCCUCUUCUACUUUGCCACCCGAGACCUGCUCAGCCCCUACAGCCCUGUGCUCAAAUUUUUCAUGGUUAAAUCCGUCAUCUUUCUUUCCUUUUGGCAAGGCAUGUUGCUGGCCAUCUUGGAGAAAUGUGGUGCGAUUCCAAAGAUCAGCUCUGCCGAGGUGUCUGUUGGUGAGGGCACUGUAGCGGCUGGCUACCAGAACUUCAUUAUCUGCAUCGAGAUGUUCUUUGCUGCCCUGGCCCUGCGUCAUGCCUUCACAUACAAAGUGUACAUGGACAAGAGGCUGGACUCGCAUGGCCCUGUGCCAACAUACGGACAGUACGGUCGCUCGGCCCCUAUGAAAAGCAUCUCGAGCAGUCUGAAGGAGACCAUAAACCCUGGGGACAUGGUCCAAGAUGCCAUUCACAACUUCUCUCCAGCUUAUCAGCAGUACACUCAACAGUCCACUCUGGAACAAGGGGUCAAAGCACCACCCCUCUCCCGUAGCCAUAGCUGUAUGAGUGCGCAGGACACUGAGAAAACCCUCCUGCUCAGCUCCGAUGAUGAGUUUUAGCCCCAGCGUAGGCUCCCACCAACAUCCAAAUAUAUGUAGAGGUACUCUUAUGUCUCUAGGAUAGAUUCUGUGCUGCAAUGAUGUACUGGUAGUUAUCUUGGGGACACAUCAUUACAGGACCAUAUGACAACUAAUCCAACGAGCGACAGGUUGGAGUAUUAUAAGUAUCGCUGCUUAUUGUUUCAUUGUGAUUGACGUGGUGAAACAAGGAAUACUUUUGUUGAAGCCUUUCGGUAUGUCCUGCCUUCAAAGUGGUUUAGUUUAAGAGUAACCUUUUUUUUCAGUUAUUAAUAGGAAAUAUUUAGUUGGCUUAUUAAGUGCUCAUCAGCAUUUUUACAUAUUGAUACUUGAAUUGAUUGGAUCUCUUCUGAAGGCAUUUACUUAUUGAGUGACAGAAAAAUGUAAACUCGGCAUACUGAACUCAUGAGGAGUUAUAAUCCCCAAGUAAUGUAUUUGAGUGAGAAGCGAUCAGUAAGAGUUUGAGCUUUGUCAUUGUUUCCCAUGCUGAAGCUCAGCUCUGUGUAAGAUGGCCAGUGUUUACAGUUGAUAUAAAAGGGGUUAGAGGGGGUGAGCAGAAGAGGGCUUUUAUAUUCCACAGAGUCUCUUUUUGAGCUGGCUGGAGCAUGGUUUUCUGAUUGAUGAAUCAGGGACCGAGUGGAGUUGCAGUUAAGAAAGGAGCAGUUAAUUGGGCUUGAUGAGAUUAGAGAUUAGGAGAAAUCCGCUCUCGCUUUGGGUUUGGCGCUUUAGCAGACUGGAAUAUUAGGUUGUAACUGGGCCAUUGUUUGACAUUUAACACAUUUUCUGUAGUGGCUUAGACUCUGAGGAUCUGACAGUAUCUUGGCAGUAAAUCCAAUAUCUGGGUUAGCUGGGGCUGAAAUAAAAACUGCUAUAGUUAUGCAGAUAAAUGCUACAAAAUCAUAUAAAAUGAACAGGCAGUAGCAAAACACUAUAAAUGUUGAAUCUAUUCGUAUGCUUAUGAUGGCAGUUUAUAUGGAUCCUUUAGAGUCAGCCUACUCAUAGUUAAAUAGGUCCAAUAAUUUUUUGAGGGCCACUAGAGGGAAGCACGUGCACAGUAUGAGAACAUCGGCACCUUAUCUCAGUAGGACAUAUUGGCUGCUAUAGUGUGUUUCUGAGGGCCACGUUGACAUUUCCUUCCUGUUCCUCUGUUUUUUCUUUAUUUCAUUUAUUAUGGUAGCACUACAGCCUUCCUGGCCUAGGCUCUGCUUGUUGUGCAGAUUGUUAUAUCUUUAGCUUAUCGUUUAGCAUUAGAGAUAUGAAAUAUGUGUCUGUCCCGCUCUUAUUUGUGCAAUAGAGGCCAGUAUAAAUGAUCUAGCUACAGCAUACGAGUACGAGUAUUUAUGGUACCUGCUUUUUAGUAUGUUAGUUCUUGGUUCGUAUACUUAAUAAAGGAUUUCUGGAAAUAUAUUUCAGUAAUGCACUAAACCCAGCCCAGUGUCCUGAAGGGAAUGAGGCUUUCGAGUAACUCGGCCCUGUCGUUUAUUCAGGGGCCUUCCAAACAUUCUCUGUAUUCAAAUAAUUGUUUCUUUAAAGGAUUUCUUUACUGUAAGGAAAGCUAAUCCCCAAAUUGUUGGAAAUGAUUUAGAGAGCGGAGGAACGGUGGUGUAGUGGGUGGUGUUGCCACAUUACAGCUCCAGGGUUUUUGCUUUGAUCCUGAGCUUGGAUUACUGUCUGUGUGGCAUUCCUGUACAUGUCGUCACUGCAUUCGUGUGGUUCAUGUCCAAACUUCCAAAAAAAAAAAAAAAAAAAACACUUUCUGGUAGGUUUGACUACUCUAGGCAUGAAUGAGUGUUUGAAUGAAUAUGUGGGUGUGUCCAGCUUUGUGAUGGACAGGCAUCUCUUUAAGGGUGUAUCCCUGCCUUGCGAGGAAUCAGGAUCCACCUCAUCCCUGGCCAAGUAGUAACUGAACAUGAAUGAAUGGUUUAGAGAGAAAAAUCAUUAUUGUUUCUAGGUAAGAACCUAUGUAGGCUAUCAGGGCCUUUUGUACACUAGGAUAUAUUUUAAGCACAGUUAGAGCAAUAGCUUGCAUGAUAGAGCAAAUGCUUUGAUAUUUUUUACAUUUUUAAUGUGCCAUUGUAUAUUUUCCUGCAAAGAUGAUGCUUCUAUUUUUCCUUGUGAUAUCCCUACAAAAUAAUAAAUAAGGAUUUUUGUCUGUA